CUUGAUUCUAACCAUCACCUACUCUCGACUCGUCAAGUAUGUCUUGGUCAGGAUUCAAGAAGUCCGUCAACCGAGCGGGCACUACCCUGCUCCAGAAGACCGGUCAGGUCGAGCGCACCAUCGACCGCGAGUUCGCGGACGAGGAAGCCAAGUACCGGAUAUUCGAGAAGGAGACGCAGGCACUGCAGAAGGAUGCCAAGCAUUAUUACGAUGCGAUGUACGGCAUGUCGCAGGCACAGGCGCGCAUAGCGGGGACCGUCGAGACCUUCUACGGCGCCGCUGAUCGCACGUCCGAGGGCGCGAUGGCCGCGCAUGCGUACAAGAGCGCCAUCGAGGAGCUAGAGGGGAGCAUAAGCCGCGAAUUCGAGACCCCGUACCGCACAACCAUCUCGGAGCCCAUAGGCAAGAUGUGCGCGUAUUUCCCCGUCAUCAAUGAGCACAUCUCGAAGCGGGGGAAGAAGAUGAUCGACUACGAUGCUGCACGGGCACGACUGCGCAAGCUUAUCGACAAGCCGUCGGAGGACCCGCAGCGACUGCCGCGCGCGCAGGCAGAGAAUGACGAGACGAAGGAGCAAUUCGACAUCUUGAACAAUCAACUCAUCGAGGAGCUCCCCGUCUUGUUGGACCAACGGAUACCCUUCUUCGAUCCCAGCUUCGAGGCGAUGAUCCGGAUACAAGCGAAGUUCGCGGAAGAGGCAUAUGAGAAGAUGAGCGGGGUGCAGAGGUACUUCGACGACAGCGUCCGCGAUGACUACGCGGCGGGGCAGUUGGAUGCGCAGGUGGAGGGUGUUCUUCAGGAGAUGCGGGAGCUUACUAUCUGCGGCGGGCAGUAAUCUUAUCAACUUUCGCUUUCGUUUUCGGUCCUAUCAGUGUAAUGUAUCAUCAUGUUCGACUCAGGACCAUCUACCUCUCGCGAGCAGCAUCUGGCGACGAAGCUCCCAAACAGAACUGUGUCGCAUCCCGCCAUUCCUCCAUUCGCCAAGUCACCAUUCCGUCUUUGUCCGGCUAACUUCAUUUCAGCAUUUGUGCGC